UUUGUUUGCCUUAUUACUACCAUGAGAAAGAAGGUAGACUCUCGCGUCCGUAUUAUGGUGGAGCAGAACGUACUGCGUAACCAACGGUCGCUCUUUGUCGUGGUCGGCGACAAUGGGAAGGACCAGGUGACCAAUCUUCACUAUCUGCUGUCCAAGGUCACUACCAAGAAGCCCUCGGUACUCUGGUGUUACAAGAAGGAUUUGGGGUUCUCGUCGAAUCGGAGGAAGCGUGGUAGGAACAUCAAGAAGGCCAUAAAGCAGGGCAAAUACGAUACUGCCACUGACGAUCCCUUCGAGCUGUUCCUAUCUAGCACUGACAUAAGGUUCUGCUACUACCGCGACUCGGAGUCCAUCCUAGGGAAGACAUACGACAUGUGCGUCCUCUCGGACUUCGAGGCCCUCACGCCCAACCUCCUCUGCCGUACUAUGGAGACUGUCUCUGGAGGUGGUAUAGUGAUGAUCAUGUUGAAUACUAUGUCCAGUCUGAAACAAUUGUACACUACGGUUAUGGACGCCCAUUCCAAGUUCCGUGGGGAGGACCACGACACUGUGGAGCCUCGGUUCAACGAGAGGUUCAUUCUGAGCCUGGCGGACUGCCGCAACUGUUUGGUAGUCGACGAUGAGCUCAAUGUGCUGCCUGUCAGCCAGGCGACCCUCGGCUCCAUCUCGGAGACGUCAUCCUCUGAUAAGGUGGACGAGGCCGAGAAGGUGGUGGCUAGUGAUGAAGCCGAGAGGGAUGCUCUGGUGGGGGAGUUGGACCCGGAAGCUACCCUAUCCAAGGUGGUCAAACUGGCCAAGACCUACGACCAAGCCAAGGCGGUCAUGUCCUUCGGUGAGGUUGUCACGUCCCAGCAUAUGGGCCAAGUGGUCUCCUUGACGGCCGCCCGUGGGCGUGGUAAGAGUGCCAGUCUUGGUAUGGCCAUUGCCUUGGCCAUCACUCAGGGGUACUCCAACGUAUUCGUAACGGCACCCUCACCGGAAAACCUCACCACUCUGUUCGAGUUCGUAUUGAAGACCUUCGAGUCCCUCGGCUACGCUGAGCAUCAGGACUACAGCCUGGUCCAACAGCAGCAGUCUGGUUCGGAGGACUAUGGUAGUGAUAGUAAGGCCAGGUUGGAGAGUGGUGGAGGCGGUCAUCGUGGAGUGAACACUCCUCUGGUCCGCAUCAAUGUGUAUAAGACUCACAGGCAGACCAUUCAGUACGUUAGCCCGGCUGAUAGCAAGUAUAUCUCCCAAGCGGAGCUGUUGGUCAUUGACGAGGCCGCAGCAAUACCUCUACCAGUGGUAAAGAAGCUCUUGAGCACAGGUCAGCACAUCACUCUGAUGUCUAGUACGGUGCAGGGCUACGAGGGAACGGGCCGUGCUUUGUCGUUGAAGCUUAUAGCGGAGUUGAAGAAGCAACAGAAGGGCUCCUCACGGGACGAUCCCAAUGGGAAGCAUCUCACUGAGCUCACUCUGAAUACACCGAUACGAUACGCUAGUGGUGAUGGUUUGGAAGCCUGGCUUGGUCGUCUACUGUGCCUGGAUGCAACGUCGCCCCCAACCCUUCGGAACCUGGACGGCCUCCCGAUGCCCGAGCAAUGCGAGUUGUACCUGGUCAAUCGGGAUACGCUCUUCUCGUACCAUAAGGCCUCCGAGGUCUUCUUGAGGAACAUGCAGUCUCUGUUCGUGAGCUCUCACUAUAAGAACUCCCCCAAUGAUCUCCUUCUUAUGAGUGAUGCCCCUAAGCACCAUGUUUUUGCGCUCUUACCACCGUUAUCGAAGAGCCAGGGUCGCCUCCCGGAAGUGCUGGUCAGCAUUCAAGUCUGCGCAGAGGGUAAGCUGUCACGUUCGGCUCAGUCCCAGGCCCUUAGGAGGGGCGAGAUGAGACCUAGCGGUGAUAUGAUACCAUGGACGCUGGGACAACAGUAUCCUGACUCGAGCUUCGGCUCUCUAGCUGGGGUACGAGUGGUGCGUAUAGCGUGUCACCCCUCGCUGCAGAGGAAGGGGUAUGCUACUGAGGCAUUGAAGCAGUUGGAGGCCUUCUUGGAGGAAUCCUCAUCUGAUGAGGACGAGGCCGAGGAGGACGAGCAGCCUGUUGCCGGCAAGGGUGAGCCGAACACGGCUGACGGCCGAUCGGCUCUUCAUACGGAACGUAUUGCUCCUAAGAAGAGUGUGGCUCCCCUGCUGAGCAAACUCUCUGAUGUUGAGAGUCUCUUCCCUGGUGGUGUUGACUAUCUUGGGACUAGCUUUGGUCUCACACUACAGCUGUUCAACUUCUGGCACAAGUCUGGACUGGUCCCGUUAUAUGUCCGACAGACAGCUAACGAGAUCACAGGGGAGUGCUCGGCUAUUAUGGUACGCAACUGUAGUGAGGGUGGAGACGGCUGGUUGAGGAAGCUCUCGGUGGACUUCAAUGGGAGGUUUGUCCGUCUCCUAUCGAGCUCCCCCUUCCGCCACAUGCAGACUGAGCUUGCCUUAUCGGUGGUGUCGGCCACGGAGUUGCCCCAGAAGGAAGAGGACCUAGUGUUGCCUUCCGUGGACAAGUCUAAUGCUGCAACAGUACGGCAAGAAUCUUGUGGACUACCAUCUCGUUACGGACCUGGUAAGUACUCCGGCAUCGUCAUCGGCUCCAUAAGAGGUGUGCCUCAAGAUACCGGUUACUACGGCUUCUGGUUGUCAUUUAGACUCAUUCUAGCUGCUGAGUACCUCGACAAGGCCUCAGAGGAGGAGGGCCCCGGGGCUGAACCAAGUAAGUGUAGUUAUCAUUGGCGCCAACCACUAGUGGUCCCCAAGGUAUGGCUCGCUGCAUAUUAG